AUGGAGAGCGAUGUGGAAGAAUCCAUGAGAAAGAGACAACGAAAAAACCCUUUCUCCGGCGAAUACUCUCGCAAGCAGUUUGAACAAUAUGCGGAACGACCGUAUGGAGCUAUGGGGGAUGGGAAUUUUAUACAAGACGAUGAUAAUCGGUUGGAGAUUACACGAGCCAAAUUCGGAAGUUUGCUUAAAAGACAUGGAGAUUUGGCAGAGCGUAUUUCUAGGGAUUCUGACAAGAUAGCAUUUGAGCGUCUACAGAAAGAAUUCGAAGCUGCACGAGCUUCUCAAACUGAAGAGAUAUAUUUAGAUGGGGAGCAGUGGAAUGAUGGUCUACUAGCUACAAUAAGAGAGCAGGUGCAUAUAGAGACAGACAGAAAAGCAAUGUCUGGGGACACUGACAUAUUAACAAGCCCUCAGGAAAAAAUUACUUACAAAACUGGAAACAAGGUAAUUUGCUGUUUGGAAGGGGCAAGAAUUGGCAUACAGUAUGAGACAUCUUUUGCCGGUGAAUCUUGUGAGUUUUACCACUGUGUACUGGAGAGCAAGUCGUUUCUUGAAAAGAUGACUGUCCUUGAGCACACACUUCCAUAUUUCUUGCCAAUACAUCAAAUAGAAAAUGAUCUCCUUUCAUCCAAUGCUAUGAAAUUCAUAGAUCAUGUUGGAGAUCUAUUGCAGGCAUACGUGGAUAGACGGGAACAGGUCAGACUUAUAAAGGAACUUUAUGGAAAUCAAAUUGGAGAGCUGUAUCAUAGCCUUCCUCAUCACAUGAUCGAGUUUGUAUUGGAAGAUUUUGAUUGCAAAGUGACAGUCAGCCUUCGAUACACGGAUCUCAUUUCGGUGCUUCCAACUAGAGUUACAGUGCUAGCCUGGCCAAUGUUGAAUAAAAAUUCAACUACAACGUUGAACCGGAUGGAAGAUGGAGUCUCAGGAAAUCAUCCUCUCCCAGUCCGACUAUCCUAUGCAGAAGAUGCCUUACGGACUAUGAGUCUACCAGAAGCAUAUGCAGAAAUUGUAUUGAAUCUUCCACAAGCUCUUCAAAAGAUGUACCAUUAA